AUGAUCCAGAGGCGUGCCUAUCGUGGCAUUUAUCGAGUAUUUACUGCUACUCCAAGCAGAUUUGUACGACAUCUUAAUUUGCUGAACUCUGGAAACGCUCAAAAAUUCACAGAAUGGCCUUGGGGAAAGCCGUCAUUCAAUCAUCUUCCACCCGAUGAGCGUAAGAACUCCAACAUACUGGCUCUCAACUUUGCCAAAAAAUCGAACAACAUGUACACUAAGGAUCACGAAUUUAAGGCACUUAUAGACACAUCAUUGAGAUACGUGCUCGAUACAAAACUAUCGGCUUUCAAUCCAGUGGAGAAGGAAGCCAAGAAAUAUGCUUGGCUAAGAACUCGAGAGUAUCUGUACAUGCAGCUUCGAAAUACGGAGCUGGAAAAAGAGGUGAAAGAGUACAUUCCAGCUGUGACCAAAUUUGUACGACCAUCAGAUCCCAACACAUUAAUUUGCCAGUUACUUAAUUGCAGUGCAGUGUCAGAGGACGAGUGGAAAAAGAUUCUAAACUCUGAAAAUGCUUUAACGGCUCAGCAAAGGUUUAACCACAUUAUAGGGAGCGUGUUCGAUUUUAUUUUUGAACAAGAGAUGCUGCCACUGGUAUCUCCAAUUAGGUCCAGCACAAAUAGUGCGGAGGACAUCGAUAUAUCAAAUCCUGCAGAGUGGUUUCCUGAGGCCAGAAAACUGAGAAGACGCAUCAUAAUGCAUAUUGGCUCUACAAACUCAGGAAAGACAUAUCGUGCGCUUCAGAGACUCAAGCAAUGCGACAGGGGUUACUACGCAGGUCCGCUGAGACUGCUCGCACGAGAAGUCUACGAAAGGUUCAAAAACGAAAAUAUACGAUGCAAUCUACUCACGGGGGAAGAGGUUAUAGAGGAAAUUGACGAUAUGGGGAAUCCCGCGGGCUUAACAUCAGGAACCGUAGAAAUGGUGCCAUUAUCACAAAAAUUCGAUGUAGUGGUCCUAGACGAAAUUCAAAUGAUGGGUGAUUUAGAUAGAGGAUGGGCUUGGACAAACGCUUUGCUUGGAUCCAUUGCUCGCGAGGUUCAUUUAUGUGGAGAGAAAAGCGCUCUUCCUCUGGUGGAGAAAAUUGUCAGGAUGACCGGAGACGAGCUUGUAGUCAAUGAAUAUGAAAGAUUAGGCGAAUUAAGACUUGACGAAAAUUCUCUCAAAGGCGGUUUAAAAGGACUACGCAAGGGGGAUUGCGUGGUAGCGUUUUCCAAGAAAAAAAUUUUGGAUUUGAAGCUCAAGAUUGAGAAAGUUACAAACUUGAAAGUAGCCGUUAUAUACGGAUCUCUGCCACCAGAAACGAGGAUACAACAGGCGAAUAUGUUCAACAGUGGCGAAUACGAUGUACUUGUUGCUUCGGACGCAGUAGGAAUGGGCUUAAACCUCUCCAUUGAAAGAGUCAUCUUCACUACUCACAUGAAAUUCAACGGUCAGGAAAUGUCAGAAUUGACCUCUUCCAACAUAAAGCAGAUUGGCGGACGUGCAGGAAGAUUUAGGGUUGCUAGCGUCUCCGCAGGAAGUACAGUCGAUGAUGGCAAAAAAGCUGCUAUUGGCUUCGUAACGGGCGUGGACCCUGUAGUGUUGAGCGCAGUGAAGACCGGGAUGACCUCUCCAAUUGAGUAUCUGCAAUCUGCGAUUGUAUGGCCGACGGACGAGAUUUGCGGUAAAUUGAUGACUCAUUUGCCAGCAGGGUCGCGAGUUUCAACGCUUUUAAAAACUUUAGCGGCCGAGGUGGAAAAGAGAUCUGCCAAGCUUUUCACCCUGAGUGAUCUCAAGAACAGAUUGAGCAAUAUUGCCAUGUUCGAGCACAUGGACGGAAUUCCAUUUUUCGAGAAAAUGCGACUCAGCAAUGCGCCUGUGAAGGACUUCCCGCUUGUGAAACGAGCGUUUGUGAAUUUCUGCACCACCAUAGAGCAGCGACAGACGCGGUCCUUGACUAGCUAUCCGUUUUCCUUUGACAUUUUGGACCCCCAAUGUAUCGACAACGACAAAUUUUCCCUGGAGCAUUACGAGUCGCUGCACAACAUCAUAAUGCUGUACUUUUGGUUGAGCAAUCGCUACCCGAGUUAUUUCAUCGAUCAGCGGAGUGCGCAUGAGCUCAAAAACAUUUGUGAGAUGAUCAUUUUCGAGAAACUCGACCGUCUGAAACGCAAUCCCUACAUCAAAAAAACAGGUGCACGUUCGGGAUUCAUUCCCAACAAGAAGAACAAAAUUACUUGA